AUGACUCGCACAACAACAAAGGGGGUCAUCUAUCGGAUCCCCCUCAACACGUCAUUAACAUCAUUAAACAAAAUAAACAAUGUCAAGACAGCCAGUAGGAUGCACAACAAAGACAAACAACCUACUACAUCCAUCCUACUGGAAUUUCACUCAAACACUCUACCUAAAGAAAUCAAAUUUAACAAAAUCACAUAUCCAGUAACAAAAUUCAACGUACCACGCAAACAACAAAAACCUACUACAAAGCAUACAAAACCAAAAUAUUCCCAGUGCUCAACAACCCAAAUCACCUACAACAAAACUACAACAAAUCGACUGUACUCGGCAGUCGUACAAAACAACACUCCGCAAAAUAACACAAACAAACACACCAACACUACUACAACCAUUAACUCACAAAUAACACCUACACAACACGGAGUAUUAGUCACCACAGAGCUACUCGGCAAUAUUGUCCUGUUAGCACGUGAUCAAACACUCACAGACAGACAAGCACUACAAAAAGUCAGGGCCCUAAUAAACAAACAAAACGGGUUCCCGGCACCUCAAGUCACACCCAUAAAUAAACUGACACAAACAACACCCACACAAACCUCACCAACACAGCCAAAACCAACACAGUCCACACCAACAACAUCACCUACACUUUUCCUAACACAAACAACACCCCAAACCUUAAUAACAACCACACAAACCAAAAACACUCCUACACAACAAACAAUACACCUUCUGGAUAGUUCUGGAGAGUUAGACGACUCGUUUCUGUCCAAACCUCCCACACCUCGCUCUCCUACUGGAUUGGGUAGACGUAGGACACAAACAAACAAUAAAACAACACCAAAAAACAAACAAACAACACCGACACGCCCUAACACCAGAUCACGGGCAAAACACACCGCCAAUCAGCCGAGACCUGGAAAUAGCAAACGACAGCUUUACUAG